AUGCAUCUCUGGCGGGAUCAUAAGGACGGCAGUGGUGAUGGUCAAGGUGCCCAUGAUGCCGGGCCGGGAUUAGGAUUGGGAUCAGCAGGAACAGCAACGGAACCGGGAUCGGGAACAGGAGGAGGACAGGGAGGAGAGGGAAACAUUACCACGAGUCCGGGUUCACAAACACAGCAGCAGCAGCACGAUGACGGAGGCUCAAACAAACAAGGCACCAUUCGCCGAAACAUUCGAAAGGUGGUUCCCGGCCUGCCUCGAGCUCAGACAUUCAAGAGACAGCAAUCCGAACAGCGCGAUCAUCUCCAACCUGUACAACCCACCCCUGCCGAGCGCAGAGUUGCUUCAGUCGAUAGACGCAUGCACGCGACAAACAGUGCAUCGACAUCGCUGGUUGGAUUGGGUGUAGGAGCCGCCGCCUCGCUUCCCAGGAGUAGCGCGCCAAACUUCCAUCAUCAUCACCACUUCGGCCGCUCUUCCUAUAUCUCCCAGGCCGACUCUUCUGUUCCUUCGUUGCCAGCGAUCCCUCAAGAACAUGCGACAGUGAACAGCAGUAUCCGUGGCCUAAACGGACAUGAGCUAGAGCAAGAACUCGACAAGAACUACCUCGACCACAACCGUCUGUUGCGAGCUCCUGGUCUUGCUCAUGUUCAUGGGUCGGAUGCUGCCGUCUCGGAUUGCGAUGCGCACUCGAUAACAUCCUCCCAGUACCACAACAUGAUACACGACGAGCUGGAGAAAAUAUGGAUCCUCAAUCUGUCGAUGCACUUCCGCGACAAGUCCAAGAGGGAGAAGUUCUUUGUGACAUACCGACAGAAUGACUCGCUAUGGCGUAGAGUGACGAUAUCGUUGGACUACCGUGAUGCCCAGGAGGGUUCAUUGGAGGAGGAGCUAGUCGAUAUCAAGUUCCAGCGCGACAAGAGUUCGAGGAUAUACGAGGCGAUUCGAGACAGCCUGGGUGACAUCCAGUUCUACCCUACCGUUACAAAUUUGAAGCUCCAAACCACGGAAAAGAGGUUACAUGUCCACGUGGUGGAAGACGUCAAUGAAAUCAUCAGCUACCCAACCGUGCGCAUGAUCCAACACAUGCGCUGCCGCCGCAUCAAAGAAUCCGAAGUCGAAUUCGACUCCCACCUCUCCGGCUUCGUCUACAAAGUCCGCGUCAACGGCGAGACUCUGAUCAAGAAAGAAAUUCCCGGCCCCGACACCGUCGAUGAAUUCCUCUACGAGAUCAACGCGCUCAACCGCUUACGCGCCGCCGAAAAUGUCAUCGAGUUCUAUGGCGUCAUCGUCGACGAAUCGGGCGAGCACGUCAAGGGUCUGUUGAUCAGUUUUGCCGAGCACGGUGCCCUGAUAGAUAUCAUCUACGACUACCAACUCCAGGGCGGCCUUCCCUGGUCGACGCGCGAGCGCUGGGCGCGCCAGAUCGUUGGUGGUCUGGCGGAUAUUCACGAAGCGGGGUUCGUUCAGGGCGAUUUCACGCUGUCAAACAUCGUCAUCAACAAUGAGUGGAACGCCAAGAUUAUCGACAUCAACCGCCGCGGUUGUCCAGUGGGGUGGGAGCCGCCUGAGGCGACGCCGUUGAUUGAAAGCAGUCAGCGGAUAUCCAUGUACAUCGGCGUCAAGUCGGAUCUGUACCAGCUGGGCAUGGUCCUGUGGGCUCUUGCAACGCAAGAGGAUGAGCCUGAGGCUCAUGGCCGGCCGUUGAGGAUUGGGCCCGAGGUUACGGAUGUCCCGGAUUGGUACGUCGAGAUUGUGAAUAUCUGUCUGGACCCCAACCCCCGCAAGAGGAGACAGGCGCUUGAUCUGCUGGAUAUGUUCCCGGAGCCGGAGCCUGUGGAGCACAGUCAGUAUAGCUAUCAUAACCCGGAGUCGGUGUCGGUUGAUGAUGGCUACUCACGCCAGGAGUAUCUGGUUGGCACGGAGCCGACGAACGGGGUACCGAAGAUUAUCAAGACGGUUGAGUCGCCGUCGGAUCGUGGGUGGGAUUAUUUCAGCAGUAAUGCUCCUGGAGCAAGCGGUAUCGGAAGAGGUCGUCAAUCUGCGAUUUCUCCUGCACCGUCGGAAGACCAACACUGGUACCCGCCACGGGGUAGAUCACCACCUUCUCCUCUCCCGAGUGAUGGCGGGUACGAUGACCCGGCGAGAUUCCGACAUCACCUGCGUCCUUGGGGAAACAGCAGUACUUACCAGGAGCCAAGCAACUUGACCGUUCCGUCUUUUGGCGAGUCUGGGCGACAGCACGACACAGAAGGAUCCAAAAAGGCUCUCCAACAACACGACCCAAGGAUCUCCUCCACCUCCUUCAUCUCCACCGCCCCCUCCGGCGACACUGACACCGCCUCAACACCGCUCAAAGACUCGCUCCUCCGGGAAGCCCUCAAGUGGCGACCCGAAACCGCACCUUCCAGCGCCCCCACAGCCGCCAAACCGCACGAACUCACACUCCGCGAACAAUACGACUCGGAAGGCCCCAGCAGCAGCAGACCAGCGGAAAACCAAUUCAACACGACCCAAUCCCACCACCAAACCCGCCCCAGCCGUACUAACCACCACUACGAACCCCAAGACUCGGACGCAGAAGAGGAAGACAACAACAAAAACAAACCCCUCUCCCGCGCCGACUCGGGCAAGUACUUCACCGAGCCCACCAACCUGAAGCCCGGGCCAGAUCUAGCCUACGCAGCCAUCAACGAUGCUCGAGAUAGAGACAGGCUGGAGCAGCAGUUUAGGAUGGAGGUGGCGGAGGCUAUGAUGGCUGGAAGGUAUCAUGGGCAGCAUGGGCAUGGGCAUGGUCAUCAAGAUGAUGAUCACCGCGCACAUCAGGAUCGUGGUGGAGAUCGGAAUAAUACGCACAACAACACACAAUUGGAAAGGGAUCGGGAGAGGGAAUAUGAGCGGUAUGGUGGUGCAAAGGUGCCGGAUGUUUUGAAGGGGAUUGGGGGUGGUGCCUCGGGUUGUGCUUAUGAUUUGCCUAUUUCUACGAGGGGUUCCAGCUCCAGGGAGAAGAAGGGGAAGAAGCAUUUUGAUGAUGAUGAUGAUGACGAGGAUGAAAUCGACAUGGAUUUGUUCGCCCCUCAACAACGUCAACAUCAACAUGCAUAA